AUGAGUAAUAUAUAGAUUGAAAAUAUUGAAUAUCCUGAAGAUGACGAGUCAUUUGUUGAGUCAGAUGAUUCUGAAUUGAACCCAUUUUAGUUUGAGUUAGAUUAAUAGAAAUCAAAGGAUGAGAGAGUAGAAAUAAUGUAUCGGGCUUUGUUAAAGAAUAGAGAUAAUAUUCUUGAAGUGAUUUCAGAUGCAAAUCAUAACUUAAAAAAGUUAAGGAAAUAUGCAUCUGUAUUAUAGAAGGAACAUUAGAUCUUUAAUAUAUUAAAAAAAGCAUAUGAAGAUUUAAAGCAUAAAACAAUUAAUCAUGACUAACUUUUGAUUAGUUUAGAAAAAGGUUAUGAAAAAUAAAUUUAAGAAGUAUAUUAAAGAUUCUAUUCAAUUAGCUGUCAAAUGAAUUACAAUAAUUAAAUCAAUAAAUUAUUCAAUAAGCUCAAGAAUUCGAAAAGUAGGCUUGUUUGUAUAAAGAACAAUUAACAUAAAAAUAAGAGUAAUUAACACUAAAAGAAUAAGAGAUAAUAUUUAUAAAAAAUAAUGAACUUCAAUUAUCUGAUAAAUUAAAGAAUUCUUAAGCAGAAUUGGUUAAAUUAUAAAAAGAGUCCAAUGCCAUUAAAAAAAUAAAAACAUCUAAUUUCUUGAAUUUGAAUGAAAAAUCUGAUUUCCCCUUUUCCACAUUUGAAUUAGUUAUAGCAACUAAGAUUAAAACAUAAUUAGUAUCAUUUUUAAGUUCAAAAGACAUUGUAAAUUUGUGUUUAACAAAAAAAUCAAUAUAUUUUGCUUUAUGUUAAUUUAAAGUAGUAAUACCAUAAAUUAUCAGAUGUUCAACUAUAUAAUAUUAAUCAUAAAUGAAGUUGUUAACCAAACAAGUUGAUUUAUUUAAAAGAUUAUCAAAUGAUUGUCCAGAAUAAAUAGUUAAGACUUAAAUAAUAAAAUAUUUUGAUGCUAAUUUGAAUCCAAAUGAAUGGCUUGAUCCAAUUAUAAUAGAAGCUAAUAAUUUUGUAAAAGGUUCAUAAUUCUUAGGAAGACUAGAACAUAUUGAAAAUGCAGAUUCUACAGAUGGUUUAAAAACAUUUGUAUAAUCAAUGGCUACUCGUUCUUAAUAAACUUCUAAUCUAUUAAAAUCAGAUCCAUUUAAUUUAAGUUAAUUUACAGCUAAUUUAAUUAUUAAUUCAAAUGAUAGAGAAGCAUUUUUAAAAGAAAGAUAAAAUUAAUUAAAGAAAUUAAAAGCAAGUUAAUCUGAUGUUUAAGAGAAAAUAUUCAAUUUAGGAACUGCUGUUGCUGCAGAUGUAGGUCUAUUUGGAUUAUAUUUGGCAACAAUGUAAAGGAUAUUUGCAUCACUUUAUGUAUUUGGAAGUUAUAUUAAUAUUGAAUGUAGAUCUCAAUCUUCUUUAAUUUAUUAUUUAGCUGAAUAACAUUGGUAAUUAAUUUAGAAAUAAACUAUAUUGGAAUCUAUGAUAUAAGAUAGAUAAUAAAGAAUAUAAAAUAAUAGUAAUGAGAUUAAAGCUUUAAAGUAUAAUCAUAAUUAUAUUUUAGUGAAUAAACUAAAGGUUUGUAAGAUUUGAUUAAAACAUUAUAAGCAAGUAUUAAAGCUCAUAAAAUUGAGACUUUAAAUGAAUAAACUGAAAAAGCUAAGAUAAAAUAAGAGUUAUAAGAAACAAAAUAAUUAUUAUUCAGUUAUGGAAAAAACAUUAAAUUACUAGCACUUGAAAUAAGAGAAUUAAGAAAGGUAAACAAAGAAAUUGUGAUGUAAAAUAACAAAGCUGCUUCCCAAAUUUCAGAUCUGAAAUCUCAAGUAGCAUAAAUUUAAGUUUGA